AUGCCAGCUGCCCCUGUGAAUCGAGCUGCCAAGAGACAGCGCACUUUGCCCCAGAUGAUGGGACAAAUGAUGAAUCCCAUGAUGAUGAAUCCCAUGAUGGGUGGAAUGAUGAAUCCCAUGAUGGGAGGUGGCAUGGCGCCUAUGAUGAUGGGUGGCUGCAAUGGAAUGAUGGGACCCAUGAAUGGAAUGAUGGGUGGAAUGAUGAACCCAGCAGCCAUGCGUCGAAUGAUGGAAGAUGUUGCGGCUGGGGAAGAUGCUGAGGAAGAAGUCCAUGAUUAUGAUGAUGUUGGUGCAGUCCAAGAUGCUCCUCCUCCUCAGCCUGCUGCUGCUUCGGCCUCUGUGGUUGCGCAGCCUGUGGCUCCUGCUGUGCCUGUCCCUGCUCAGCCUGAGCACCAGCCGCCGCCUGUGCUCCCUUACAACAAGAGUGAUGAUGCUGCCAUCACAAGGUCUGCAAGUAUGAUCAGAGGCAUUCCCAUGACAAGACUUUCCUAUUCCAUUGAGAAGUUGGUGCCAGCCCUGGAUGCCGGCUACACCAGUGGCCUCACCCAGCGAGAUCUUCUUCAGCUUCUCUGGAUCAUCACGAAGUUAAAGCCAUCUCUCAAGAUUUCGAAUCUUCGUGUGACCUCGUAUGAGGAUCUUGGCAACAGGUUCAAGAAGGCCCAUGACAGGAUCAAGGAUUCCUGCGAAGGGUUUCCUGACAACAUCGUCCAGGAGCUUCCGUUGGUCUUGGGGGAUGCCGAGGUCAAUGAUGUGGCUGUUGCUCAGGGAUGGAAAGAUGAGUUCCUGAAGCCUGUUUCUUGCGCAAAGGCUCCUCCGCCCAGUGUUGCUGAGGUUUUUGCAGGCAGGCGUCCGGCUGCAGCACCUGUGCCGGCGUUGCCUCACCCCCCUGCGCGCAAUUCGUCAAUUGCGUCAAUUGCCCCAAUUGCUGUGACAACAAGCAAAGCUGCUCCGCCAGCUCCAGCCAGCCCAGCUGCUGAGGCAGCUGCUCCGCCAGCUCCAGCCCGCCCAGCUGCUGAGGCAGCUGUGAGAGAUGCCACUCCACCAGCUGAGCCUAGCCCAGAUGGAGAUGCCCAGGGAGCUGAGCCUAGCCCAGCUGUGGACCUGGCUGUCGAGCCUAGCCCAGCUGCUGAGGCAGCAGCUGUGACUGUGCCAGCUGCAGAUGGAGAUGGCCCACCCAUUUGUCUGAUUUGCCAGCAGGAGAUGACCAAUGGCGCGAUGAAGACACUUGGGUGCGGCCACAUAUAUCAUCUUUCUUGUAUGGAGAGCUGGUACACAGCAACAUCCAACUUCGAAGAGCGUUGCCCUCUCCGUUGCCAGAUCACGCCCCCGGCUGGUGAUCGAGCUGUUCGAGGAGCGGAUGACUUCGAGGUUGUGGACUUCGUGUGA